CAACCAGCUCUACCGACAGCCUCACGGUAUAAUGGCUCAGCGAUCCGGUACCGGCACAUCUGCCCAGGAUGCUUCCAAGGACGCUGACGGUCCGCCUUGAAGUCUCCAGUGGCGAUGCUUUCGCGGCUCACUAUUGUUCUCCAAGCAACCACGACCUCGGCUGACCGAAUCCGACCCACGAGUGCGGAGACCGCUUCCACCCGCAUCCCGCAGUACAGCUUGACUUGGUUUUUACCCAACCAGUUUCACGUCGUCAAAGUAAACGAUGCGGACAGUCAUGGCGAUAACUAUUCCUCUGAGGAGGGGUUUUCCAGUUGCCAUCCGUCACGGUUCACGGAGAUGCUUCUCGAGCUCCAGGAAUCUGCAAGCCACCUGGGGUUUCAUCGGCCUAGGACGAAUGGGAUACCCCAUGGCGAGGAACCUGAGGGCAAAGAUACCGGCAGAAGACACGCUCUUUGUACACGAUGUAAAUACCGCUGCCACAAAGAAGUUUCUUGAGGAAAACCCACACGGUGUUCGGGUUGCCGACAAUGUUCGAGAAGUGGCUGAGAAAGCGGAAACCAUUAUUACCUCUUUACCAGAACCACAACACGUAAAGGGCGUGUAUAAGGAUAUGCUCGAGCCUGCUACGCUGCUGACCGACGGCUUCGUUAAUACGGAGCGGUUGUUCAUCGACUGCUCUACCAUUGAUCCCAUGACGUCUGGCGCUGUGGCAGACAUGGCUCAUUCUACCGGUCAAGGAAAGUUCAUCGAUGCUCCCAUGUCUGGCGGUGUCGUUGGCGCCCAAGCUGGUACACUUACUUUUAUGAUCGGCGCUGCACCUGAAGUCGUUCAGAAAGCCACCGGAGUGCUGUCAUUCAUGGGUCGAAGAGUUUUGCAUCUCGGUGGGCAGGGCGCAGGUCUCAAGGGCAAGCUCGCAAACAACUAUCUGCUAGCACUCAAUAAUGUUGCCACUGCAGAAGCUAUGAGUAUGGGUAUCAAGUGGGGACUUGACCCGAAGGCUCUCGCAGGUAUGAUCAACACCGCGACUGGCAAGUGCUGGCCAAGCGAAGUCAACAACCCUGUACCUGGUGUUGUUGAAGGGUCGCCCGCGAGUAGAGAUUAUGAGGGUGGUUUCGGGCUUGCACUUGCGAAUAAGGACCUUAAGCUUGCCCUGAAGGCUGCUGCAGAGGCAGACGUCAAGCUUGCGAUGGGGGAAUCAGCGAGAGCGGUCUACGACGCGGCGGAGAGGGAUGAGAACUGCAAAGACAAGGACUUUUCUGUCAUCUACAGAUUCCUCGGUGGCAAAGAAUGAAUUGAGAAUGAUCUAGUAUGAAGCCUUCUGGCACAUUCUGUAGCCUCGCCAA